ACAUACAUAAAAUCUCUUUCCUCUGAGCAUAAAAUUGAAUAUAUUUUGAAAUUUUACAAAAUGUGUAUAUUUAUUCAAAUAUCUGAUGUAUGUUAUAUGAAUUUGAUUACUUCUUCAAAAGGAAUAAUACAAUAUUUAUUCUUGCUUUUCCACCAGUUGUUGCCAUGGAUUCAAGUUCCCUUAAUAUCAACAAUAAUUUAUCAUUUUAGGAACGUCAAUAUUAACAUUAACGCAAUCUCAUUGAAGAAAUGAGUUCUUCCCCUCAAGAAUACGUAUUACAGAAAAGUGUAAUGCUAGAAACUAAAGAAAAAUUUGAUAGUUUCCUGAAAGCAGCUUUGCAAGAAACAUCGGAAACAAGCCCGAAAGAAGAUAGAACAAGGCCAGGAACAUCAAGAAGUUCAUUUCCUAUUAAUACAUUCAAUGAGCCAAGCGAAGAAGACAACAAGGAGUUUAUUCUUAAUAAGUUCUUCGAAAAUAGUGGUGCAGUACCAAGAACUAAUGAAGGUAAACCAAUUCCCAAACCAAGAACCAAAUUAACUUCCAAAAAUUUGAAUUUAUCGCCACUUUCUAGCAAUGAUACUUUCAAAGUUACUUCACCGAAAGUGGUUACCACAGAAGGUAAUAAUGUUAUUCAAAGUAAUGCUUCUUCUGCAUCAAGUACAAAUACUUAUAGGGUAUCUUCUCCAAAGUUUGUAAAUAUUCAAAAAAGUGAGUUAUCCAGCCAAAAAACUUUCAAAAUAUCUAAGAAUAUAGAACCCAAAAUUGGAGAUAUCGUCAUACAUGAAAAAGAUAGUAUAUCUAAAAUAGUUGAUGUGCAAGUGAAAAAUGAAGUUCAUGCUUCAGAUUUGAAAAAUUCUGCUUUGGAAAUCAAAUCAAAUUCUUCGGGUUCUAAAAAAAGUUUCAAUAAAAAAAAUUAUAACAGAAGGAAAAUCAAUGAAAAUUUGAACGAUGAACUUAUUAUUAGUGAUAAUGAAAAAUUUAAGGAUGAGAAAGUAGUUGAUGAAAUUCUGAAUAUAACAGUUCAUAGGACAGAUAAACUCCUUCUCAAUUCCCUUGUUAUUCAUCCUGUUGUGAAAAUUCACAUAGUAGAUGCAUAUACUGGAAACUAUCUCGCCAAAAAAACCAAGGAAAGAUCAGUUGUGUAUUACUAUGAAGACAAUUUAGAAUACAUAGCUCCAAUAAUGACUUGUCCCUAUAAUAUGCAGGAAAAGAGAUCUCUGAUACCUUUAUGGGAUGAAAGAAUUUUAAUCAAUGAAGAUUAUGAUUAUAUCAUUGAGCAAAAGGAUAAAAUAAUAAUAUUUUUUGAAAUAUUGGAUUUUGUUUCAUUACCUUUAAUCAACAAUAAAACAAAAGGCUGGCACAGAAUAGCAUUUGCUUUUUUGAAAAUUUCGGGAAAAAACAAUGUUUUGAAUUUAAAAGAAAAUAUGAGGCUCCAGUUGUAUCACUGUUCACUCAAAAAAGAAGACACUAAAAAGUGCUCUAUUUGGGAAGUGUGGAAUAACGGUAAGCUUGUAAAAUACCCUUCAAGCUUGUAUGUCUCUAUUACUGCUACUACAGCGAAAAACAAGUUAUCAACUGCUUUGAGAUCUUCAGGUCCAUUAGAAAAAGAAACUAGGGAUACAGAAAUUUUCAAUGAAGAAUUGCUUAAAAAAGAUGAACUAAAAAAGACUAUAUUAUCUUCUGUAAAAGCUACUUCUCAUAAAAAUCAGGAAUGGAAAAGAAGUACUAGUGAAGAUUCAAUAAAUUUGCCAAAUGAGUGUUUGGCUCAGUUUGAAACAGGAAAAGAAGGUUGCUUCACUCUUAGAUUUAGUCACAGUGGCUCUUUCUUAGCUUGUAGUUUGAAAUUAAAUAAUUUAUAUUGUAUUGGGAUUUUUUCGAUCAUUACUUUUGAACAAGUUUGUUACUUACCUGGUCACCAAGACAUUAUUUAUUCCAUAAGGUGGUCCCUUGAUGAUUCUUUGAUAAUUGCUUGUUCAGCAGAUUGCUCAGUUUCUAUAUGGAAUGUUUUUGAGGUUUCUUUUUUACAAAUUUUACCACACCCAAAUUUUGUGUAUGCCAAUGAAAUGGGGAAUAAUCUAAUAGCUACUGGAUGUUAUGAUACCAAAUUAAGGAUUUGGAAUAUAGAAGGACUUUCUUCAAAAUACGUGUUAAAUCAAGAACUUGAGGGUCAUAAAGGAUAUAUUACAAGCUUGUUGUUCAAAAAGAGUUAUAAUACAAUUUUAUCUUCAGAUUCUCUUGGACUUAUAAUAGAAUGGUAUCAUCAAAAAAACACUUGGAUUCUUCACAAAAAAAUUAAUAUUUUGGGCCUUGAAAGCAUUGUAAUAAACCAGAUAGAAUUUACUGCAAGAGAAAAAAGACUUGUUGUUCAUUCUAGAGAUAACAUUUUGAGAAUAAUGGAUUUGGAAUCCUCAACUGUCCUUCAUUGGUUACAAGGAGGACUCAAUACGAGAUUUCAUACUUCAUGUUCAAUUUCACCAUGUGGUAAUUAUGUUGUAGCAGGGAGUGAAAAUUCUUCUGUAAAUAUUUGGAAAUUGAAAACAGGAAAAUACGUUGGAAGCCUGGUUCCUUAUAAAAAUAAAGCAAUUACUAUUCAUGCAUUGCAGUUCCAUCCAAAAGAUAAUAUAAUGGCAGUUGGGCAUUUUGGAGAUGAUUUACCAGUUUUAUUAUUUGGAUAUAAUGAGAAAAAUACAGAAAAUAACAUAGAUUUGAGAUUAAUAAUGGACAAAAGAAAUGAUUUGCAUGACGUAAAAUACUCCAGAAAACAGAAAUCAAUAAGAAAUAAUGGUGUUAAUUUGGAUUUUACAAAUGUUUUAGAUAAACUUGAUAACUUAAUGGGAGGAAAACGAAAGUCAUUCAUUGAAUCAUAAAAAAUAAUGAAAUUUCCAAAUAUAUGAAAAGGACAAUUCCCAACAUUUCUCAUUCAUCAUUUUGAAGUGAAAUUCAAAUCAAUGAGUACUCAACUGAUGUACUAUGGUCACAAUAAGAAAGUAUUUUUCCAUUCAGAUAUUUAUGGAUGAAGUGAAUGUGUAAUAAU